AUGGCUGCCUCCUCUGCACCGGCCGAGCGAGCUGCUCCAGGCGAGCGCGACGCGUCCCCCGGCGGCCACACGUCGCUGAGUUCCUCGGACCUCCCCUCUUCCCCAGACGACGACUUCCCCGGCGAAGACGGCGCCGCGGACGAAGCGAGUCCGGACGCGGCGAGGGAUCCGCGCCUGCUCGCUGCACAGACAGCCCAGAUGAUGCUGAAUGCCGACGCUGCGCUCGCCGCGGCCUCCUUCCCCGCUGCGCUCGGCGAGAAGUCUGCCGAAGACAGCCAGGGCCGAGAACGAGCGAGAGACCAACUCGCGGAAGCGGGCAGUCGCAACUUGCGGCGAGCGGCAGCUGAGGAAGCGGAGAUCUUGCCUCUCUGCACGACUGGCGAUUGCUCGGCGAAGCGCGCGCGGAGUUUCUCUCUGGCCGGCGAGUCUCUCUUCGCCAGCGCCGCUGCAGGCUUCGACAGCCUUCUCGGCUCCUCGACGUUCUUGCCGCUGCCGAAAAAGGAGGAGACGCAACGGCACGCGCGAGCGGACGAGCUCCUCGCCAGCGCAGGGACGAGUGUGGAGAGCUCUCUGCGCUUCCGAGGCUCUCACGCGGAAGGCCCCAACAGCGCAGAGGGCGGCGGGGCCGCGCCCGAGACACUUUCUGGCGAGAACUUCCCGCGAGCAGUCGACAGCCUGAGGCCUGGCCUGGGGGCGGCUCGCCAGGAGACCGCGUCUCCGGAGUUUCCUUCGCGCGGACCGUGUCGGGAGGCGAUCACGGUCCGACCGUUUCGCUCGGAAGACGCCGAAGCCGUCAAGCGGCUCUGCUACCGCCACUUCCGGUCGCUCACCGUCCACUCAGUCUGUUUUUGGGUGUGCCACCACAGCAUCGACUUGCUUGCGCUCUUUGUCAUUGCGCUCCUCUUCAUUCCCUUCUCGCGCGUCCUCCUCGCGGGCGUGCUGUUCUUCGUCUACCUCCUGUUGCGCGGCGUGUGGGAAUUCGAAAUGUACAUCCGAAGAGACUGUCAGGAUCUCAACAACAUCCAGCAGAGCUACAUGAAAAGCAAGGCGAGUGGCUUCUGGGUAGCUGAGCGCCUCGAGCGCGACCCGCAAAAGCCCGAAAGAGUCUCCCGGCGACUGGCCGGUUGCAUCGGCUUGGCGCCUCUCCAGAACGACAACAAAACUGCGCAGCUCGUGCGACUGGUUGUCGAUCGCUCCUUCCGCCGACAGCACAUCGGUUCGUUGCUUCUCAACACCUUCAUCAGCUACGCGCUACAGCAGCACUACUCGGUGGUGCGUCUGUACACAAACAACCUAAAUAGUGACUCCAUACGAUUCGCAAAAACCAAGGGCUUUGAACUCCAACAAGUCGUGAGAAGAGGACUGAUGCGAGGCGAUCUGCUUAAGUGGCAAAAGAAACUCGAGGCGCCGGGAGUGACACAGCGGAAAACGCGUACAUUCAAUCUUCCCUCGUCCGUUCUCGACUAG